AUGAACGGAUCUUGCGCUUGUGGCGCUGUUCAGUUCACCACGCCCACCUCGAAACCCUUCAAGCUUUUCCACUGCCACUGUAUCGACUGCCGUAAGCAAUCAUCCAGCGCAUUCGGCACUUCGGCUAUAUUUCCCUACUUCCGAGUCGAUGACAACCCUUCUGUAUCCUCCUUCGUUAAGCACUGUGACUCUGGCAACAAGAAGCGCUGCUACUUUUGUAAAGGCUGUGGUAGCCGCAUCAUUCACGCAAACAUUGUGGAGGAUGGACACCCGAAGACGGUCUCGGUCAAGGGAGGAUUGCUUGAGGAUUUGGAUUGGACUGGGGCGGUACACAUCUGGUGCAAGAGAGCGGUUGUGCCAAUCCCUGAAGGGGUCGAAAGGUGGGAGGCUGAACCUAAGGAUAAGUAG